UAUACAAAUUUGGCGUCCCUGCUUCGAAUUGUCGAUUCUAUAUUCAACAUUAUUUACAUUAUUUUGAAACGUUUGUACAGAAAAACCGUUACUUGUGUUUAUUUUCCUUCUUCAUAUAUAUUUAGCAAAUCUGGAUGAAAGCAGGGAAACAAUGAUCGCCGCCUCAGAUCCGGUGGAAUAUAUUCCUGGUGGACGUCAAAUUUAUUCAAAGCAUCCUGGGUCAGUAAUAAAUCAACAAUUAUUGAAUAAUUCGACUUCACCAGGAGAAAGUAUUUUAUUGGAGAAACUCAGUCAAGUUAAUAUAUCAGAAAAAAAUUUUAAAGAGUUCUGGUCAAUACGUAACAAUGAUACAUGUGGUGAAGAAGAAUUAUAUUGCUCUGGGAAAGUUGCAAUUCAUUGCAAGGGUGAUCAAUCCACUCGUGUUCUUGAAACUUCAUAUACUUGUGAAACUGAUAUACAGCAUGCUCUAUGGUGUACUUUUUGUACAAAUAUAUCAGAUCAUUUAUCGAAAGGAAAAGAUCAAAAUAAUGAAGAACAGUUAGGCGAAACAAUAGGAUGCAUUUGUUUACUUGAUUCCUAUACUUUAAAAGUUUUUACUGAAAGUGGUGAAAACUAUGUGUCCAGUUUACAAUUUCAGGUUUCUGCUGUUUGGCCAACAAAGUAUGGUAUUUUACUUGAAAAAGCACAAAUUUCUAAACCAAAUAUUUCUGAAUUAAGGUAUACGUCAUUAGAUGCAUGUAAAUAUCCAAUGCAAUUUGAAGCUAAUUUACCAGUAGCAUUUUCGCUCAUGCAUCCUUUAGAUGAAAUUUGUCCAUUACUUAUUAAACAUGGAAAUAUAACAUAUAUGUCUGAAUCAAAUCAGCAGAUUGUUUUUACUAGUUCUGAACCAUCAUUGGCUGUAAUUUAUGAUGAAAAAACUGGAUUACAUUCUGUGUAUAAAAUACGGAAAGCUUUAAUAGAAGAGUGUCAGAUGGUUUGUAGAAACAAUGAAACAACACAAAGUAUAUUUAAUCUUUCAAUGAGUGCAUCGCCAUUAAAUUUUGCUAGCAAUGCGUCAGUUACUAAAAAUUUUUCUAAUAAAAGUCAUAUAAAUAUGUUUGGUAUAGUUAAUCCACAUUUAAGUAAUGUUGGAGGUGGAUACGGCUUACCAAAUAGUCCUUUUGGAUCUCGUUGUACAUCUUAUACAACAACAGGCUCUUGUGGUCAAUCACCUUCGCAAGUACAACAACAACACUCACGUUCUCAAAGUCCUAUGGCUACCAUUUCACGUUGUCAAUCUCCAACGCAUUCAGGAUUUUCUCCGUUAUUUGGAAUGCCUAAUACAAUUAUAAAUCAUCAUUCACGAUUACAUCAAAUGGUUAUGGGAUCUACUUUAAAUCAUUCACAAAGUAGUCCUGUUUGUAAUGGCAGCAAUAUUCAGCUUCAAGAUGCUAUUACUACGAGCAAACCAUUAUAUCCCGAAAUUUGUCUUGAUCAUGUGUGGACAGAAAAUGUGGGAGUUCCAAAAUUUUUUUUGUGUCUUCAAUUUCUUUGGGUAUUUUGCAGAAAGGAUAUACAACCGGGACGAGCAUCCAAAGUUCUUUUAACAUCUGACUUCGUUGGUCAAAGUUAUUUGGGAUAUUUAGUACCUACUAGAUCGCAAUUCUUUUUAGUUCGUUUAGAAAAAACUAACAAACAACAACAAAUCAUUUUUGGAAUGGUUACAAGUAUAAUAGCAAAAGAUGCAGUUAGUUUGCCUAGUUUACAUAUGAUAGCAAUUAUUGAUAUGUCCAACAGUAUAGUAUUAUAUUCAGGUACAACAUGUGUUGGAAAGUUACAUGUAUCUAGUAUUCUUCCGAAUCUUACAUGUAAAUAUUUCGUCUCAAAUAUUAAUCACAAACUAAGUUCUCCAUUUCCACGAAGAAGUUCUUUGAUUUCACAAAAUUGUGGAAAUGCUCAUGAAAUCAGAUUCGAAGAAGCUGUACAUCUUUUAAGUCCAGUCGGUGGAACCUGCGCACAAGCACCAAUUUUGUUGGAAAAUUCGGUACUAGAUUUAAAUCUUAUUGGUUUAAAAGAUGCAGUGGGCAACAAAAUUACUUUAGAGUAUGGUAAUAAAAGUUAUUUUCGAAUUACCCUACCAACUUGUAGUACAUCUCCGUUAGUUACCAAAUGUUUAAAAACAUUACGAAGCGUAUUACAAAAGGACCUUGCAAUGCAAUUAUUAGUAAAAUGGUAUGGAGCUCGGAACGCACCAGGUCCACAAGAUUUUUCUCCAGUCCAAGAGUGGCAUCUUUUUUUAGUAGUUUUAUUUACUUUAUUGGGAUAUGACGUUGAUAAAUUACAAUUAAUACAAAACAAUGAAAAAGAACAAUUUACUGAACGAAACAGUCCAAUGGUUCUUCCAAAAAAACAAAAGACCAGUGAUAACGGAUCUAACGAUGAUUGGGCAUACGUAAUAAAUUCUAUUAAAUCAAAAAAUUCGCAAAACUUUAUUUCUGACGUACUGGGACUGACCAAAUUUUCUAAUACACACGAUGCAUUAUCUUCCAAAAAUAGUGAAUUGAAGACCCCAGGAAGAAUAAAUUAUCAAGCAAUUUUAUUUCCAUAUCUUCCUCUUAUUUUGUUCUCAUUGCACUUAUUAUACGAAGAAUUAAAAUUAGAUUGUGUGAUGUCAGAAAGUUUACCAUUACUCGCUCAGUUAUUGUAUCAACUAAGCACAGAUUUAAAGUUCGAUACUUAUGCUCAUCAUUACUUUCUUGAUUUUCCAAAGUUGCAUUAUUUAAAGAAAACAGUAUCACAAAUCAGUGAUAUAGAUUUACAAAAAAUAACAACACCAAAUUAUAUCAACUUAAAACCACCGGAUAUAUUCAAAACGUUAAAUAAUUUAUUAAUUCAUACAAAUAUAGAACCAUUUCCAUAUUUAUAUCACGUAAAUCCUCGAGCAAAAAAUAUAGUAUAUUUAACUACGUUGAUAGCAAAUGAAAACAAAAAUGACAAACUAGAAAUGGAUAAAUUCGUCAAAUUGAUAAUACCAGCUGGAAGUCGUAUAGAUUUUCAAGAAAGCAAAAAUAAAUUUGACAGAGAUAUACCACAAAAAUUACAACCAUCAACAAUAGAAAACAUAGUGCUAUUAUAUCAUGAAAUGGGUAUGAAAAAAGAGGAUCUCGAAAUUUUACCACCAGGAGUAUCUUUAAUAUUAAAGGAUGUUAUGCACAGAUGUAGAGAACGCCCACCAUCCAAUUGGCCAGCAAAGGUGUAUGAAUUAGUAGAUCGCCAAGAUUUGGCUGCAUUAGGUACACAUUUAAAUUCAUUACAUAUGAACGAUUCUAAUGAUAACAAUGGAAAGAACUAUCUUACUAAAGAUGUGGAUCAAGAUGAUGGAAUGGAAUUUGAUGACAAUAUAUUGAAACUAAGAUUUAAUAAGGAUCACAGAGUGGCUGAAGUACGACGAUUACUUAAUUCGUCGAAACCCGUGAGAAUAGCAAUAGUACAACGACCAGAUGUGAGUGAUCACGAAUUUAUAGAAGAACAAGAAAGACAUUUGCAUGCUUUAUGUACAAGAACAAUGGCCCUCCCUGUGGCUAGAGGCAUGUUCACGCUUAGGACUUCAACUCCUAUAAUUACUGAGCAAUUACCAAUUCCUCGGCUUUGUUUAACAGGUAAAGCACCACCUCGUGGAACUACGGUAGAAUUGGCUCACAUAGAUGUACCACCAAACAUGAAUUUGUGGCCUUUGUUUCAUAAUGGUGUGGCUGCUGGUCUUCGUAUUCACCCUAAUGCAUCAAAUAUUGAUUCCACUUGGAUCGUAUACAAUAAACAACAACAAGGUGAAUUUGGCAUUGAACAUUCAGGGUUUUUAAUGGCACUCGGUUUGAAUGGUCAUUUAAAAAACCUAGCACCGUUUAGUAUGUACGAAUAUCUCGUUGAAUGUCACGAAGCUACUAGUGUUGGCCUUUUACUUGGAUUAUCUGCAACAUAUCGAGCUACAAUGGACGUGUCCAUGACAAAAUUAUUGUCGUUACAUGUUGAAACGUUGCUACCACCAACGAGCAUAGAAUUGAAUGUUCCACAAAAUGUUCAAGUAGCAGCAUUAAUGGGAGUUGGUUUGGUAUAUCAAGGAACCGCUCACAGACAUAUAUCGCACGCUUUAUUAUCAGAAAUUGGAAGACCACCUGGUCCAGAAAUGAAAAAUUGUGUUGAUCGAGAAUCAUAUUCAUUAACAGCAGGAUUGGCAUUAGGAUUAGUUGUACUUGGAUGUGGUGGUGCUACCGAUCUUGCUAGUAUACCUGAUACUUUACAUUAUUACAUGGUUGGUGGCCACGUACGACCUUUUACUGGAGCACAAAAGGAUAAAUACAAAUCACCUAGUUAUCAAAUACGUGAAGGAGAUUCUAUCAAUAUUGAUGUAACAAGUCCUGGUGCAACAUUAGCUUUAGGUCUUAUGUACUUCAAUACAGGAAAUCGAGCAGUAGCUGAAUGGAUGCAAGCACCAGAUACACAGUACUUACUCGAUUUUGUGAGGCCAGAUUUUUUGCUAUUAAGAAUAUUAGCUAAAUCAUUAAUUUUAUGGAACGAAAUUCAACCAACUAAAACAUGGGUUUCUAGUCAUGUUCCCAAUAUUGUUUAUAAAUAUAGAUUACAAAAGCCCACACCGGGGAUUACUCAAAAUGUGGAUUUAGAAACUAUGAAUCAAGCGUAUUGUAACAUAAUAGCAGGCGCUUGUAUGGCUUUAGGACUAAAAUAUGCAGGAACUGCGAACAAAAAUGCAUUUAGAACUUUAUAUAAUUAUGCUCAAAUGUUUACAGCAUUGUCUCACAAAACAAUAGCUGAGUUAGCAGGAAAAUCUACCAUAGAGACAUGUUUAAACGUCAUUUUACUUUCCACUGCUGUUGUCAUGGCAGGAACAGGUGAUUUAGAGAUUAUGAGGAUAUGUAGACACGUGAGAACACGAGUAGGACCUACUAGUAAUGUUGUUACAUAUGGUUCUCAUUUGGCAACACAUAUGGCUCUUGGUCUUCUUUUCCUUGGCGGUGGUAGAUAUACUCUUUCAAAUAAUCCUAGUGCUAUAGCUGCACUUGUGAUUUCUCUUUUUCCAAAAUUUCCAACACAUAGUAAUGAUAACAGAUAUCAUUUGCAAGCUUUGCGACAUUUAUACGUUCUAGCUGUUGAACCACGUAUAAUUUUACCAAGAGACAUAGACAGUGGACAAUACUGUUAUGCUACGGUACAAUUGACAUUUGUUAAUGAUUGUGAAGCUCAAGGACAAGAAAUAGUUCUUCAAGCUCCAUGUUUGCUGCCACAGCUAAGUAGUUUACAAAAAAUUGAGUUAAAAGACACCCGAUAUUGGGAAAUCGUAUUCGAAAAAAAUUAUAAUUGGCAACAACUUGAAGAUAUGUUAAAGAGAAGUGAUUCUUUAAGUGUUAAGCAACGGGCUGGAUGUUUAUCGUAUAUAGAAGAUCCGCAUGGUUUCAGAAGUUUAAUAGCACAAACAUUAACAACAGAAAAAGUAUUUGCGUGGACUAUACGACCGGAAUAUAUAACAUCAUUUACGAACGAUAAAACAGUAUUAAAUAUAGUGAAAUAUUUUAUGCAAGUAUUUAAAAAAGAAAAAAGAAAUUAUGAAGGAAACGCUAAAGUUAUAUUAAGUGGAAAUACAAGUAAAGGAAAACGCGAUUAUUUUUCUAAAAGUGUAAAUAAUAUCAAUCCAACAAUAAGCAGUAAUUGGACAGAUCAAUCAGAGCAUUCCCAGGAAGGGAUGGAAAUCACAGAAAUAUCAUCAUCUGUAUUAAAAGAUAUUAAUUAUAUUUCCGAAACUGAAGAAACUUCUUACGGAAUUACAGAAUUUGAACAAUACUUUUUACAAGCAUUUGCGGUAAUUGUUUACGAAUGUGUUAUUAAAGAUAAAGUUGGACUUUUACCGUCAUGGGUAAGCAUGGUUAAGAACAUGGAGAUUUUAGAAAAACAACCAAACAGUUUUUCUAUAUGGCAAAUAAAACUUUUAUCCUCGUUAAUGUUACACAAAUUGGCCUCAAAAGAAUCAAAUCCACUUCUUAGCUCAGAAACUAUAUUUGCUAUUAAACAAAAAGUAUCGCUUAUUUUAGACGGAUGGGAAAAUGAAUUAAUACCCGUAAUAAAACAUUAUUUAACGACGGGUGUCAUCGAUUGUGAUCUAAAAACAUUAUCAAAAAUGAGCACGUAUUUUAUCUUUUAUGAUGUACCUUAUUAUACGGAUAAGAAAAUAUUCCUGAGACUAUUUCAACAAGAAGAAAUAAUGUCUGCAAUAUCAAGCGUAACAUUGUACAAGUUGUAUAAAUUCUUUAAAGCUAAUUAAUAUAUUAGUUUUAUUAAAAAAAUAUAUGUUCAUAAUUGUUAUAUAACGUAUUACUUAUAUCAAAAUACAAAAGUAGUAUUUUAAUAUGUACGCGCGUGUGAUGUGUAUACGUUAAAGUAAAACUAAGAAAAAAAGACAAUUUAAAUAAGUAAA